CCACAAGCCUGGCUUAGAGAGGUUGUCAAAAACAGACAACUACAGUCACAUGGAGAAUAACCUGAUGGAAUUGAACGAUGUGAACGGGAAAACUAUUUCUGAAUUCAAAGUUUCGUCAAAUUCAGAAAUUACCGAGGAAAUAUUAAAGAAAUGUGGGGGAUAUGGUUUGUUUCAGAAGAUAUGCACCGCUUUUGUUUUAACCUUUCUAAUACUAGACGCCCUGUCAUAUUUAACGGUGGUGUUUAUACGAGAGGAAGUCGCCUUUGCUUGCUAUCCUGCAAAUUUCAAUGAAUCCAUGAUUCCAUCAAAUAUUUCUUUGGAUGAAUUCUUAAGUGAUGUAACUGUCAAAGAGGAGAAAUGUUCCGUGUAUAACCUGGAUACUGAAGAAGGAUUUUAUGUCCUACCCACAAGUAAUUCUACAAAGGAACCGUGUAAUUAUGGUCGAAAGUUCUUCCCGAAGGAUGUAACAUAUAUGGUAUCUGACUAUGACUUGGUUUGUGACAGAGAAUGGUUGAAGAACAUUGCGGCACCAGCAAUGUUCGGCGGUGUCCUGGUUGGAGCUUUAACAGUUGCUCCAUUCUCCGACAAAUUCGGCCGGUUUAAAAUAUACAUUUUUGGAGAGAUAUUCUAUUUGCUCUGCCGAGCUGUCAAACUAAACUCACCGAAUUAUGUGAUGCUGAUAGUUAUGUACUUCCUCGAAGGACUUGCACAAUCCUUCUCCUUUUUAGUUACAUAUACCAUACUAAUAGAAUGUGUCUCUCAAGAUUACCGAAUGCCUUUGAAUUUUAUUUCUCAUGGAGCUUUUGCCAUUGGAGAAAUACUUCUGGCUGGUGUGGCAUAUCUAAUUCGUGACUGGAAACAUCUACAGUAUGCUACCUGCCUUCCACGUGUUGUGUUGGUCGUUGUAGCAUUCAAAUAUCUUCCUGAAUCUCCAAGAUGGCUUCUUAAUAAAAAGAGAUUUGCAAAAGCCAAAAGAGCAUUUGAGAAGAUGGCAAGAACAAAUAAGAAAGACAGUAGGGGUGCGAUAAAUCUUAUUCGGAUGCUUCAAGCAGAAGCAGAAAGCAAUCCUGGAACUAACCGAAAAUUUCGAGACAAGACCUACACAGCACUUCAUUUGUUAAAAAUACCUCGAAGAGCGAUGAUUUCGAUAAACCUUUGGUUUUGCUGGUUUGUCAACAGUAUGCUUUACUACGGAGUAACACUAAAUUCCGUUGAUAUGUCUGGAAAUAAAUACUUAAACUUCCUGAUGAUCUCCGUAAUAGAGAUUCCGUCUGGUAUUCUUGGAGUUGUACUCUACCAUUACUUUGGUCAUCGUAAGCCACUCUUUUUCCUGAUGGUCUUUGGUGGAAUUAACUGCAUAGUCUCCAACUUUGUGCCAACAGGUAACUUUUGGUAUCCUCUGAUAUUGACUGUCCUCGGGAAGCUGGGUGCGACAGCAUCCUUUAGCGGUGUUUAUCUGACGUCAGCAGAACUGUUUCCUACAGUCGUAAGGAACAUUGGUCUGGGAACGUCUUCAUCGUUCGCUCGAGUAGGUUCUCUCGUUUCACCACUGAUUCUUGGACUUACUGUAUAUGGUUCCUGGAUACCUCUCACUGUCUAUGGAAUUUUGGGUAUCUUUUCUGGAUUCCUGAUCCUUUUACUUCCUGAAAUGAAGGAAUCGUCUUUGCUCCAAACAUUUGAAGAAAUGGAUAAGUUGUAGAUUUUGUUCCUCACAAAAAAAAUAUCUAUCGAGCAGCUUAAUUUAUCAGAUCACCUUAUAAGUAAUGUCCGAAUAUUAUGAAAGAAGGGAAAAGAUCUAUAAAUUUCAUUCAUUAACCUAAUUACCAACAUUACCGAUGACUUCAUGCCAACGAUUUCUAAGCCUUCUAAUACUAUUUGCAUAAAAUACUUUUGUUUUCGUAGAAAAAGAAUUUAGAGAAGCUAAUUUCUACUUCUUCAGGUGUUUUAACUCCAUCAGGCCUAGGCCCCUGUGUCUAGCUUCACCCUUCACCUGGGCUUCCGAGCCAAUAAAAUAAAUAGUUGCAUAUACAGCUCAAGAUUAACAACUGCAGGCAAACUAACGGACAGAAUCGACUGCAUUUUUCUUUUUCUACAUGUGUUGAUCGUCAGUGUUUUUAACCGGGAAGCCGGCAGAAAUGAUGUUUAACCUAUUCCCUCUUUAUGAACUAAUCCACCAAGAUGAGUCAUUCUGUAAACGUUUGAAUUACUGGUAAUCAGUUGGAGUAAGAGCAGCCGGGAGAGUGGAUGGAGUUCUGCCGAAUUUUUCAGUCUUUUCCACCCUGAUCUUUGUUGUAUUGAAUUGUGCAUUAUCAUGAUGGAACGCCUCUCUUUUGCGAUUCACUAAAGUAAGCCGCAUUUCGUUCCGAGCAGCGUUUAAAUGUUCUAACUGCAGACAAUAAAUAUCUGCUGUAAUAAUCUCAUCAAGUGGUAUCAAAUCAAAGUGGAUCACACUAACAUAGUCCUAAAAAAUACUGAUCAAUGCUCUUCUUGGUUAGCGUCUUUUGGGUUGCAGUUUAACCAAUUUGCCUUCUUUAACCCAUUGGCUGAAUUGCUUAACAUUCCAUGACAGAUCCACCUUUUAGCACUGGGCAUUAAUCUGUCCGAAAAUGGCGGUUUCCAUUGAUGAGAGCGUAGAAAAUUGCAGAUGUCUAAUUGCGAUGCAAGGUUCUUUUCUGUCGUUUUGGGGUCGUUUUUCCAGGUCGUUGCACUUUUGACGGACUGGAAUUCAGCUUUAAUUCUUCAUUUCUUAUUUCGAUCAAGUUCUACAAAAGCAGACCUUCUUUAAAUUAAACAGAACGAUCUAUUCGUGGAGCAUCUUUUAUGCUGAAAUCACUCUUCCUAAACCUUUCAAAACAUCUUCGACUGAUUCUUGAGCUAAAGCAAUUCUUCUCACAAACACCUUCAUUAUUUCAUAUUGCCACAUUAUUAUCUUUCUUGGACCCUUAAGGAAUUAUACAGCUUAAAUUAUCCGAGGACACAGCCAUCUUUAAGAUCGUCGCAUUGGCUUAUCUAUGCGAUAUAAAUCAUUUUUUAGCGAAUGCACAAGUUCAUGCUAAUGAGCGAUGUUGCCAUUCAAAUAUCUUAAAAUAACAAACAAAACUUCGGACAUUGUUUAUGAGACGAUGUGGUAAAUAAGGUUACA